AUGAUUGUGUGUUUUGCUUCAUUUAUUUUGGCUGCGCUGCUGUGUGCUCCAUUUUCUUGCCCCCCACAUCCGUUACUUGGCACGCGUCCCAGACGCACUCAUAUGCACGACACGCCCACAACUGUUUGCGUGGACGCAUUUCUGUGUGCUGCUGCAUACACACUGGAGCCAUUCGUUGCAGCUUCUUGUGUUUUGUUUUUUGUGUUUUUACUUUUUUUUACUUUCUUUUUUUUCUCUGCUGUUGUUUUGUUGUUACUUGUUUUUUGUGUGUUUUUCUUGCUGUUUACUUCCUUCGGGGCGUUGUGA